AUUAAAGGCAAGCCCAAAGUCAAAAAUCCCGUUAAAACUUUUACAGAAUUGAUGAUUAGGCGGUUGUUGAUGGGAAUUUGCUGUUGACGUUGUAGGUGAGUUUGCCGCCAAAGCAGACAAACGUCUGAAGAUGGUAGCCUUGGGUGCCAGCAAAACGUCAAGAGCAAAUUCCUAACGAAUAACCCGAAAGUUGGUUAUAAAAUGUAUCGCCACUUUUCUUCACUAAAUUUGUCAACAUUUUUAAAUGUUAUUUCUUAGCGUGGUUAGCCUGCAGAACUGUCAACUUUUGCAUUAAAUGUCAUACUCGGUUUUCCUUGUGAAGGUCCUGAACUUUGUCUGUCUCAGUUGCCUCAAUAGAAAAACACUUAGCAAAUUGGUAGAUUGUAAAUAUGCCAAAAUACAGUGGAUUCCCGAUCACACCGAUUUUUUCCCAACAAGGUGCUAAAUAAAUAGACCCCCCAUUGUCCUAAAAACCCUCGAAAUUUAGCACCUCUAGGAGAUGCUGUUAUUUGUCAAGAAUAGAAGCUUGCCGUUAGUUUGGGUUGGUUAGAAGAAUAACAGCUUCUCUUCAAAUUCAAUGAUAUUUUCAUUAAAAAAAUCGUUAUUUGAAGGCAAGGAACUGCGGGUUUAUUCUUGUCGGGAUCAAGUCCAGGUACUUAGUAUGUGUUACCUUUGCUGAAACUAGUUCUUUGUUAUGAAGGUCCUUCGGGCCACCCAUUAAUUCAGCUUGGUGUCUUCAAUAAAUUAUACGGUCCCGGAAAUUGGUCGGCUGCUUUCAUGAAUAUUGCGGUUUUGGAUGAAUCACGCUGUUUGGGUUUCAUCAGCUGUCUUAAUUGCGUCGCUUGAUCAAGAACAUGAAACUUUUCUUUUAACAUGCACGAUGGUUCGAUUAGGCAGAGUGAGUUACAUUUUAUUGGUCAUGGAUUUGCAAGGCAAAACUCGUAGAUUUUAAGUUUUGGAGAACCCAACUAGGAAACUGGCCAAGUCACACAAAGUGGUUUUUUAUUUAUUGAAAAACAAAUUGAUUUUAUUGAUGCGUUUAAAAACUGUUCUCCCGUACCCAUCUGAGGGUAAUUUGAGAUGAAACGCUUACGAGUGGAUGAUCCCUCUAAGGAAGGAAAUGGACCGCCCCUGUCGGGGUCCCUGUAUCGAACGACUCUACCAAAUGCAGCACCCGCCUUAGCUUUCGCCAGUGGUACUGUGAAAGUGUUGAGUGAGGGUAUGCAAUCUGGACUGUAUACGCAACCGCAAGCGCAGGUCAGCUACAGCACGAUGCCGGUUGCAGCAGCACCUCAUGCGGGCGCUAAGCCGCAAGCCAUGCCUUUGUCAGCUACCAGCCACAAUGCGAUGCGGACGACUGGAUCGUCAUCGCCCAGCGCGAAUCUCCAAGACCCAGUCCAGCAACAACAAUCUCCAGGCAGUUUUCAACGUCUCAAAGUGGAAGACGCACUGUCCUAUCUUGACCUCGUUAAGUUCAAGUUUGGCUCCAAGCCACAAGUGUACAAUGACUUUCUGGACAUUAUGAAAGAAUUCAAGACUCAAAACAUUGAUACGCCUGGUGUUAUCGAACGUGUUUCCAAUUUAUUUAAAGGUUUCCCGGACCUGAUUGUCGGCUUCAACACCUUCCUCCCGCCAGGGUACAAAAUCGAAGUGCAAAGAAGUGAUCAGGGCGGGUACGCUUUUUCCGUUUCGGUCAGUGUGCCAAACCCGACUGGUACCAUAUCGUCUGACCAGCAAAAGUCAGCGAUGAUUUUAACGGGGAGUGGCCGCAUCAAUAUGUCGGCCACUCCAAGUCAGCCGGUGAGUCAGCCACCGCCUCCGCCACCUCCUCCUCCUCAACAGUCAAUUCCAUUGGCGCCGCAGCCCCAUCAGCCUCCUCAGCCGGUACCUCAACAACAUAUUUCAGCGGCGCCGCUCCAACCUUCUCUCCCGCCCCCAACGGUAGUUCAUCAUUCUAGUUCCGGCUAUGGAAUAGCAACUGCUACUAAUUACGGCUUGUCUCUAUCAGCUGCUCAAGCAGCAGUCACUCAUGCUCUGCAGGGAAACACCGACGCACCACAGAAUCAGCCCGUUGAAUUCAACCACGCUAUCAACUAUGUCAAUAAAAUCAAGAAUCGUUUUCAAGACGAACCAGAGAAAUACAAGCGGUUCUUGGAAAUACUGCACACGUAUCAAAGGGAGCAGCGGGUGAUGAAGGAGGCGAAUGUGACGCCUCCGGGAAAACCUCUAACCGAGCAAGAAGUUUAUAGUCAAGUUGCCAAAUUGUUUGAGAACCAGAGUGACUUACUCACCGAGUUUGGGCAGUUUUUGCCUGAUGCGACUAGUCAUAUUAACCAGGCCCCUGUUUCCGAGCAUUCCAACUCCAAUAGCAAGAAAUCUUUGAAACCGUAUCAUCGGGAUCACAUGCCCGAUCGUCAUAUUUCGCACAAGACGAGCCAUCAAUCAGUAUCAAUGAAGAGAUCGUCGCCCUACUCGAACUUCCACCAGAGGGAUGCGCCGUCCCCUAAGAAGCAAAAAAUUUCUCCCGCUUACCGCGAUGUUAGUUUAAGCGAAGCAGGAAAGUAUGGGACCUUAAAUGACUAUGCAUUCUUCGAUAAGGUGCGAAAGGCUUUAAGAUCGUCAGAAGUCUACAACAAUUUCCUGCGCUGCCUGAUCCUAUUCAAUCAGGAAAUUCUCUCAAAAAGUGAACUAUUGCAAGUGAUCACACCAUUUCUGGGCAAAUUUCCCGAGCUGCUCAGAUGGUUCAGAGAGUUCAUGGGGCAAAACGAGAACGAGCCCAUUCCCUAUAAUGUUACAAGAUCUGAACGUCCUCAGGGCGAUCAUAUACUCGAAAUAGACCUGGCCACUGCCAAACGCUUAGGAGCAAGUUACUGUGUCAUACCGAAAGCUCAAGAGGGACAGAAAUGUUCCGGCAGGACGCAAUUAUGCAAGGAGGUGCUGAACGAUCAGUGGGUGUCAUUCCCCACAUGGUCUGAGGACAGCACCUUUGUGAGUUCUCGAAAAACGCAGUAUGAAGAAUACAUGUACCGGUGUGAGGACGAAAGGUUUGAGCUAGAUGUUGUUAUAGAGACUAACGCUUCAACAAUAAGGGUGCUUGAAGCGGUUAAUAAAAAACUAAACAGGAUGGGGCCAGAUGAAAUUGCCAAGUUUAAAUUGGACGAUUGUCUCGGCGGCAAUUCGCCCACAUUGCAUCAGAGAGCACUCAGGCGAAUAUACGGGGAUAAAUCUGCUGAAAUAAUCGAGGGUUUAAAGAAGAACCCUGUUGUUGCGGUUACCGUAGUCCUUAAGCGACUGAAAAUCAAGGAGGAUGAAUGGAGAGAGGCGCAAAAAGGAUUCAAUAAAAUAUGGCGUGAGCAAAACGAGAAGUACUACUUGAAGAGCUUGGACCAUAUGGGUAUUAACUUUAAGCAAACGGAUGUCAAAGCCAUCAGAACCAAAAGCUUGUUCAACGAGAUCGAAACCAUCUUCGAUGAAAGGCAUGAACAGAACGAGGAGGGCGCUGAGCCCAUGUACGGGCCCCAUCUGGUUAUUGCCUACCGUGAUAAAGGUAUUCUGGACGAUGCAGCCAAUUUAUUAGUGCAUCACGUCAAACGACAGACGGGCAUUCAGAAGGGCGAAAAGCGAAAAAUCAAGCAACUCCUCAGGCAAUUCAUUCCGGAUUUGUUCUUCCACACGCGGCAGCCUUUUAGCGAUGACGAGCGUGAAGAUGACGAGGAGGAUGAAAAACGCAGCCGCAGUAGUUCUCCAAAAAAUAGCGAUAGUAAAGACGCAAAGAAUAAAGAUGACGGUGCUGUGCCAGGGCCUAGCACAGAAAGAGACAUCCCAGAUGGGAAAUCCGAGCCAGAAGUGAAAGAUGAGGACCUGAAAACGCCACUUCACGCCCAAACUUCGAUUCCUGAUGAAGCGUACACGCUGUUCAUGGCCAACAACAACUGGUACAUUUUCCUAAGACUGCAUGCCAUCUUGUGCGAGCGUCUGUUGCGCAUUUACGAACGAGCGGUUCGGCUAGCACAGGACGAACGCCGCAAUGGAGAAAACCGGAAAGACAGCACUGCCAUAGCGCUGAGGUUGAAACCUAAGCCUCAGAUAGAGUUUGAAGACUAUUAUCCGGCUUUUCUCGAUAUGGUCAAGAAUCUCCUCGAUGGAAACAUGGAAGCGAACACAUACGAAGACACAUUGAGGGAGAUGUUUGGCAUUCAUGCCUACAUUGCUUUCACUCUGGACAAAGUUGUAUCAUAUGCUGUUCGGCAACUUCAGCAUUGCAUAACCGAAAAAACCGCGUUAGGUUGUACAGAAUUAUAUUUAAAAGAGCAUAAGCGUGGUGCCGCCGGAGGUCCUUGUGCCACCGCGUACAAAAGAGUACACAGUGAACAGGCGUACCAGAGGGCGGCCGAAAAAGUGGUCCAAGAGGAAAACUGCUUCAAAAUAUACAUCUACAAAUGUGACUGUAGGAUUUCUAUUGAGUUGCUUGACACAGAACCGGAAGAUUCAAAGAAAUUGGACGAGGCAAAUAAAUGGAACAGUUACAAAGAGUGUUAUGCUGAUAUAACGCACGUUGACGGCAUCAAACCGAGGUCGCCGGUAUAUUUGACUAGGAAUCUCCAAUCGUCGAAACAGUACUUAUCCGCUAAUAGAAAGCCGAGAAGUAGCUCUGUCGAUGACGACGAUGGUCAGAGGGAAAAUCUACAGAACCAAAGAGAGGCGAAUCAUUCAAGUUCAAGAGCAGAAAAUGUUGAGAAAAUGGACAUUUUCGAAGCUCUCGAGCGAAAACUCAAUGAACGCGCCCCGGAGAGAAACGAGACGGUCCAUCACGGCUACCAGAUCAAUGACGAACAGGAAUGCAAGCUAAAUAUGCCCGACUCUAAAAUGGGCUACAGUUUCGGAAAGAAUUGCUAUAUGUACAAAAAAUGUGCCUUCUUCAAAGCCAGACAGUCCCAUCCAAAAGUGACGAAAUUCAAAUCGACGAAGUUCCGAAGUUGGUUGAAAAAGUGGGCCAGCGCCAAUGUUACGGACGCUCAGUCAAAACAGUGUACAGACUGGCUGAUGGGCCGCAGUGAAGGAGUUGUUCCGAAUCGAACGCGUGUGUUAGCAGACAAUGAUCUUCGACGGACUCCUUACGUGCCCUAUAACCGAUAUCGUGUAGAUCGGUUGGUUAGUGAAAGCGCUAGUGCGACGUAGAAACGGCGAGUUGUUUCUUCGGCUAUGUUCAAUUCGUAGUUGUUUUUAGUUUUGCGGCCGUUUCUGAGAAUUUUGCACGAGUACAAAUGCCCGAUAUUGAUGCAUUUGUUGCAAAGUUUUCAGUACAGUGCCGCCUGAGCGGUUUAUGUGUUUUAUCCGUUGAUUUUGUUAACUUCAAGAGUGCUAAAAUGCAAAUUGCAGUUCCUGAAAGUUACGUAUUAGUGUUUCCAAGUCGAUCUCCUCAUUGCUUUCGAGGUGUUCACUGUUGAAACUGGUAGAAUGUAUUUUUUAACUUUGUUUCUUAAAGUGUAUUACAAUAAAUUUCAUCCCAAUUA